GACACUAGGAAAUCUGUCUGUCUUAGAGAUCUGGCAUGUUUCUGCCAUUAAGCCAAAGAUUCUCAUAGGUUUCCUCUCUGAAGACAAACAUAUCUCAUUCCAGGGGUGCACGACACAGCUGUUUUUUGUGACUUUUGUUUGUACUGAGUAUAUUCUGUUAGCUGUUACAGCCUAUGACCUUUUCUUGGCUAUAUGCAAACCUCACUGAUAUUCACUCAUCAUGAAUCAUCAGUUCUGUGCUUAGCUGACAGUUGGCUGUUGGAUGUGUGGUUUGAUCACCUCUUCCAUCAAGCUGAGCUUUAUAGCCCAGCUCUCGUUUUGUGAUGUAGACAAAAAUCACUAUUUCUGUGAUAUUUCACCCCUACUGAAUAUCUCCUGCAGUGAUUCCUCUUUGGCUGAGCUAGUGGACUUCAUCUUUGCUCUGAUCGUCAUCAUGGUGCCUUUGUGUACUGUGGUCACGUCCUAUAUUUGCAUCAUAUUCACUGUGUGGAAGAUCCCUUCUUCUCAGGGGAGGCAAAAGGCCUUUUCCACCUGCAGCUCCCACUUGACUGUAGUGAUGUUGUUCUACUCCACCACUCUUUUCACUUAUGCCCAACCUAAGGUCUACAGUGCUAACAAGUUGGUAUCAGUCUUGUACACGAUAAUUGUGCCACUUCUGAAUCCUCUCAUAUAUUGUCUUAGAAACAAAGAAGUCAGGUUUUCCCUGAGGAAGACCUUUACUUGCACAAGACACACCUAA